UAUUUUGAAUUUUUACUCGUUUGAUGUUGUUUAUGAUUUUUCCUUGAAGUAAAGGUCAACAUUGUUCUCAUCUGUUCGCAUUUACCAUUCUAAUCUUCUCAUAAGAUGAAAUAUAUUUGGCAAGUCGACUUCUUAGCGUGUUUUGUGGUUGCAGCAGUAACAAGCCGUUUCAUUCUUAGCGUUACAUCAGACUUGGAAAAAACACACUUUGAGUGUACCACUGAGGAACACAGCGACAGAAUACGCCUGUACCUGGGGUUGGAAAAUCUGAAAAUCAGUUGUUAUUUGUAUGAUGACUCCUAUAAUUUGGAGCAGCAGAAGAGGCUAUUAAUGCUGUAUACCUCAGCAGGACUGGCCCCUAGUAUGGAGGUGUACAACAGGACUGACUCAAAGGUCUUCGCCUUUCAGAUGAGUUUGCUGCCUAAUCAGUCCAUAUGGAGCAUUGAUAUCCCUCGCAGAAACAUCACUAUUAAUACAGCUGUGGCUCCGGUGGACGAGUGGUACGUACGUUUCAGCAUGCAUCAUGGGCUGAACAUGUUUAGCACUGAAGGGACGCUACUGGACACUGUGAGAGAACCGCUCCUGCAGUGGACUAUUGGAGAACAGAUCCCCCCUCCCAUCACUGCCACACUGAUAAAUCAUGUGGUCGAUCUCCGGGUCAGCAAGAAUCCGUGUGCCAAUGACGUGGCUUUGCUGGUGCCAGUAUUUGCACCCAGCAAGUCGGCAGGUGUUAUUCUUACUGUAACCAGAUCUGGAUUCACAUCCUCUAAUAACCGCUGGUUUAACUGUACAAAGAAGCUGUGUCAACUGUUAAAUGGAGACUGCAUCGGGCUUGCCACUGUCGAUGUGAAGCUGACAAACUACUACUUGUUCCUCUUAACUACUAAAGGGCUAUUCCUGAGUCAGGAUAUGACUUCCCAAGGAACAGGAUCUCUGAAUUUUACAUUACUGGAUAUUUCCAGUUUAACACAGAUGGAUUAUUCCAGCACUACACUGUGGUACUCACAUCACUGUUUACACGACAAGGCAAAUUUUCAAGAUGAUUAUGUAAGUCUGAUAUCAAGUGGGACUGAUGUGGAAAACAAGGCAUCUCAGUGUUUAUACAGCAGAGACCCUUUUACAGAGUGGCACAGCUGCGAUAUUUCCAACAUGACUUCACAUAGACAUGUGUCCUUCAUUUAUGACGGACAGCAGCAUACUGGAAUUGUUUUGUCCUAUACCCAGGAAAAGGGUGCAAAGGUCUCAGUUUUUGGAAUGAGGGGUCCAGUGCUGAAGAAGAAGGCCAGAUUUCCUCCGGUCCGAUUGAAUUUCAUUUCCCAUGGGAUGUUAUUCCAUCCAAAUAGCCACGAGCUGUACCUAUAUGGAUCAGAGGUGUGGUCCUCAGCAGAUGGAGGGUCUUCUUUCAGCAGGAUCAUCACUCUGGAAGGUGAAUCGGUUGUUAAUGCUGUCAGCUGCAUUCAUGACCAGACAGUGGUGUUUGUCACAAACCUUGGCAGCAUCUACUUGAGCAAGGCAGACAUGGGGAGGUAUGUCAAACUGAAUCAGUCACAACACGGCGUCUCCACUUUGUACUGCGAUCACCUGGGCUCCUUAAUCAUCCUGUCUUUACAUGCGCAGAGUCCCAAUGGUUUGAAUGUAGACAAUAUUCCGACCACUUCCUUGAUACAGCAUGAUGACCAGAGCUCUGAAGGGGCUCUUGCUCUGCAGUACACGAGUGACAAGACAGUGCUAUUUCAUGAGCACCUCCCACUAAGCAGCCCCUCCCUGGUAACUGGACCCAGUCUGUUCUCCCCCUCUCACGUUGGCAAAGUCAUCAGGUUAAGCACUGGAGGAUCAGGAGUGAUAACACAAGUGUAUCGGAGACGCACUGCAGAAGGGUUUGUGGCUGUAGCCGUGGCAGAGAUAUUGGAGGGUUUCAAAGGUGAAAGGCUAACUACAGAACCCAUCCAGAGGUGCAGGCUAACUGUUAGCAAAGGACCAAAUGCCAUUCUGCGGUUAGAGGAUCCCUCAUUCUCUCCAGGAUUUCAGGACACACACAUUGGAAAGACGGUGGUGAUUCCUGGCUCCAGCAGCUAUUUAAUCACCGGGGUUUUUGACAGCAGGGCAGCUUUGGCACUGCCCACCUUGCCCACAAUAGUGCCCUUUAACAAGACCUACAGCCCUGGAGAGUGGCUGCUGUUUAAUGCGAUGAACAGAGGCGCAUGGAAGAUGAUGGAGGGAGAGUGUAGACAUACGCUUCAGUCUCUCAACAAUUUACGGACAAACUCACUUGUGUACAUCAACCUCAAGGAGGAACUCACUUUCAGCUUCAAGGCAUCUGUUUUUGGUUCUCAAACUUUGGUUUUUCAUAAGAAGCUGAUGAAAUUUACUAUAGGGAAUCCUUCGCUUCUGAAAGUGACAACUGCUCAUAGCUGGGACAGGGCAAACAACCACAUCCUGAACAUCACUGCCUUCAGCAAUUUUUUUCAAAAGGGGCAGACGACGGUGAUAGUGAGCAUCCCAGAGGCCUCUCUUCUGUGCACCUCCACCCCUUUUGUUUUCACUCUGCAGAACUCCUGUCCCACAGGCCUGCGCAUCAGGUACAUUCCGGACCAGGUCAUUAGUGCACAUGACUGGCUGCAUGGUGACCCCAGGGACUCAAAGGGCGUUAAGAGAUUGAUUGAUCUUCCGGUUAACUACAGGCCUCCAUCCCAGCUGGGGAUUGCCAUCCCUGUUUCUGACAAUAUCUAUAACGCCGAUCCCAGCCGUCCGCGCCCAAGGGAAUUCUACCAGAUCUCCAAGGACACAGGCAGGUACAAGCAGUGCGCAGGAAAACCAUCAGCCGCAGAGUGCGACUGUACGGACGAACUGAGGCUCUCGCCUUUGGUUGCCAAUUCAGACUGUCGGAAAAGGGUUUUAAGGUUCAUGUAUCCAGUCACUAAUCUCAACAUCACUUUGUAUAUAACAAGACCUGGACACAAAAACGUGCCUCUCACAGCCCCCGAGUUUGUCACUGUUACUGAGGUCAACAACAAAACUAACUGGAAGAUCACAGGUACCAAUGCAGUUCCAAGUAUGCUUAAAAUGAGGGACUACCUUGGAAGCCGUCUUAACAGUACUCUCUAUAACCCUGAAGGGCUGCAGAUCUCUUGCUUUGGCUCUGAACUGUUUCACUUCCAGAUUGCUGUGGUCCCAGGAGUGCUCCUUUGUGAUAUGGUGGAAGAAGUUCAGAUCUACGUGGACAAUCCGCCUCUCGCGUUUCCAGCGCAGUACCUGAUCAAUACCAUAACGGCAGUGGUUCUGGGAGGGGUGCUGCUGGCCGGGUUCUUCCUCAGGCGGUCCAAAGUGCGGCUGCCGUCCAAGCAAAGCUUCGUGGCCCUGUUGAGGAAACGCAGCACUGCGGUGGCACCUGCAGCUGGGAGCGCGCACAGUUUUUAGAGCUCCUGGACAUUGUUUUGCAAGUUUAAGGUGCUUUUUAAACAUGUUCUAUGGAAAUUCCAUUCUACCAGCUUUCAAAGGGUUCUGUAUUACCAGGAUCUCUUCUCUCCUUGUGCUUCUCUUUGUCUUUAAUCUUUGUUCUCGGACUUUAUCAAAAAAAAAUAACUGUCUAUGAAACGUGUGAUUUUUAGGAAAACUAUUAGUAAAAUAAACUGUUCUUCUCCCCCAGAA